UUGUGGUGGCAAAAAGAACAAGGGAGUGUUGAUAACGCUUCGCUUGUGAUUUGUAGGCCAUGAGAACUUGCACGUGCCCUGUCUUGCUUUUUCUCGAGCAUGUUGCAUAUCCAGACACGGAAUAAGCCAUGCCGUAGAGUGUGCUUUCUGUUGUUUCUCUUUCUUACCUGGUCUCUAUAUUUUCUUCCCCCUUUCUGCAACAUCCUUUAGGUCCUGCAGAGUGAAGACUUAAUUCCAAGGUCAUGGCAAAACAUCUGAAGUUCAUUGCCAGGACUGUGAUGGUGCAGGAAGGGAACGUGGAAGGUGCCUACAGGACCCUAAACAGAAUCCUCACCAUGGAUGGGCUCAUUGAGGACAUCAAGCGACGCCGGUACUAUGAGAAGCCUUGCCGCAGACGACAGAGGGAAAGCUAUGAAACCUGCCGGAGGAUCUACAACAUGGAAAUGACUCGCAAGAUCAACUUUCUGAUGCGAAAGAAUCGGGCAGAUCCGUGGCAGGGCUGCUGAGGCCUGUGGAUAGUAGGCCCAGCAGGAAGACUUCUAUCCAGUUGUGUCUCCACCUCUUUUCUUUCUGCAACCCCAUUUUCUCUUACCAUUUCUUGCAAUAAACUCAAUCACGUAUAUAUAA